AUGUUGAACCAAUCGUUAGUCUGCAAAGAUGGCCUUCUCAUACCGGCACUAUCAGUCACACCUGGACAUGCUGCCCUCUACCUCAUUGGCUUACUCUACAGCUUUUUGGGUAUUUCUAUAGCUGCCGAUGUUUUUAUGUGUUCUAUUGAACACAUUACAAGUGCAACAAGAAAGGUGAAGAAAACUCGUGAUAAAGGCGUUUUGAUGGUCGGUAACUUGCCAGACGAAGACGAGUAUGAAGAAGUCAAAAUCUGGAACCCAACUGUGGCGAAUCUUACCUUAAUGGCUCUCGGUAGUAGUGCACCAGAAAUUCUUCUAUCUAUCAUCGAAAUCGUUGGACAUGGCUUUCAUUCGGGAGAACUCGGACCUGGCACGAUUGUUGGUUCGGCAGCGUUCAAUCUGUUUUGUAUUUCGGCGAUUUGUGUGAUGGCUGUAGCCUCUCCUAAUGUGAAACGUAUCCAAAUGUUCAAAGUGUUCAUCGUUACUGCCUUUUUCGGCACUUUUGCCUACAUUUGGCUGUUAGUGGUCAGUUUUACCUCUUCCAUUCUCAUCCUCAUAUCACCAGACGUCGUAGAAAUUUGGGAAGCGGCCGCAACGUUGGUAUUCUUCAUAGUGCUGGUCGUCGUUGCGUAUUGUGCUGAUGUUCAGAUCUGGAACAAGGGCAAGAAGGUGAAUUUGGAAGACGAACUUGAAAUGGCCGAUCAGAAGAAACCUAUUGAAAAUUUGGAUACGAACAUCAAACGCUACGCAAGCCAACUGAGCCUACAACCCGAUGGAACGAAAAUCAUCGGUGAUCUUCCAACCCCACCGAAAGAGUUCCUUCGAUCCUUGUCUAGAGACAUAGCACGAACAUAUCCAUCGCUAACAAUGGACGAUCACGCGAAAAUCCUUGCUUAUAGGCUGAACAAGAGUACGCCAAAAGAUCGUCUAUUUUACCGAAUUCGAGCGGCAAGAAUUCUCAGCUCUGGUUUGAAAAAAAGUGAUAUCGAACGGGAAGUCGAGCAGGAACUGCUGAAGUUUGGCGGUCUUACCAUGCCUGACGAAAGAAAGAAACCUACUGUGGAAUUUGCUGCAAGAGUCUAUGCUAUCGAGCCAAGUGACAAGAAAGUCACCCUUACGCGCAUAUCUGUUUUUCAGAUUGUUCGUCAUGGUUCAUAUGAUACAGAUAUUACUUUGAACUACUGCACACAAAGCGGAGUAGCCAAGAAACACCUGCAUUUCCUACCGAAAUCGGAAACGAUCCGUAUGACAGCACAUGAGAAGACUCGAAAUGUGACAGUGGAUCUUGUCGAAGAAGCUGACUGGCGACCAAAUCAUGUUUUCUACGUCAAUCUGAAGAUCCAGGAUCAACCAGAAAACGACAAGACAAAGCUCGGCUCGUGUGAUGUGGCACGAGUACGGUUUCCGGACGAUACGGUUUCUUUGAUGGGUGGAGCAGCAAUGGAAUUCGUGAAAGCGAAUUAUGUUAGUCAGUAUUCCAGCAGAAAUGAUGAUCAUGCGAAGGCGGAGCUUUGGAAGCGAGCGGCCGCGACGCGGCUUGCAAUUGAGCCCCGGCCUGUUGUAGCCAAGGAAAACUGUGGAUGGGUACGAUUGUUUGUAACAAGGCGUGGCAAAAGACAUAGUGGCGAUAAUGUCGUCAUCUAUGAGACAACGGACGUGACUGCACAAGCGAACCAUGACUACACACCCGAGUACGAGAAGUACAUCGACAUUGAGAUCAUAGACGACAAGCACGACGAAAAAGAUGAAACAUUCAACGUCGAGCUGGUAUCGGUUGAAGGAGAAGGCGAAGUAGCCAUCGGCCGGAAUCGUCGCACUGUGGUUACAAUCGUAUCCGACGAUAAUGCAUUGAUGAAUCUCAUCAAUGUGCAUAAGCUCACUAGCCAUUACAUGCGGAAACUUUCCACAUACAAAUCGUCGUGGAUGGAUCAGAUUCGUGAGGCAAUGUCUGUGAAUGCUGGUGACACGGCUCAUGCAACCUUCACGGAAUGUAUGCUACACGACGCCAUAACAGCCAUCACCCUUGUCGCUUUGGGUACAAGUCUGCCCGAUACGUUCGCCUCGAAGAUCGCUGCUGAGAACGAUGACACCGCCGAUAAUGCAGUCGGAAAUGUGACUGGAUCGAACUCUGUGAAUGUUUUCCUUGGUCUUGGUCUUCCAUGGUUGGUAGCUUCGAUCUAUUGGGCUUCAAAGGGUGAAAGCUUCGCUGUUCCGGCUGCUGAUCUCGGUUUCAGGUUAAAAGGGAUCGGUCGUUCUGUUUGUGUAACUUAUUUACAGAAAAACUGGACCUGUAUUUAUAAGCUUCAAUCGCUGUUCUCUUUCAGCGUCACGGUGUUCAUGUGCUGUUCAGUGGUGUUUUUGGUUGUGCUGAUGCUACGACGCACUUCAGCCAUAUUCGGUCGAGGAGAACUCGGCGGACCUGUUGGACCAAAAUUUGCAUCAGGCCUCUUUUUUGUUCUGCUUUGGCUCGUAUAUGUAGCGUUGUCGAUUUGGAAUACGUACAGGAAUUGA